AAGUUUGGGAAAGAAUCCCAGGAAUUCGUUUCCUGUGAAAUUUGGCAAGAGGAGAGAACUGGACGUAGAGCCAAGCUCGGAGAGCAUUGACCAAGUUCCACAGACAGAGAUGGGCUCACACAACAGUCCUUUUACAGAUGGACCGAGGACGAGGAUGAGGACUCCUGGAGUUUAGAGCGAAUUAACCCGCUUCCCCAGUCCGCUUGCACCGAGCAGGGAAAAACACACAUUACGGGGUUUCAGCCAUGGCUGAACCCCUGCUGAAACGGACCUUCUCUCGGCUGCGGGGAAAGGAUCGAUCCCGGCGGAAAACGGACCCCAAACUUAAUGACAUCCAGCGGAAGAGUGAUGUCAUCCAAAGCGCUUCCUCCUCAUCGUUGUCAACGGUAACGACAGCGGAGGCCGAACCCCCGACCCCGCCAACGGAGGACAGCACCACCACCCCACGCACCCAGAUAACAGUGGCCAAGAAACAGCAGUGGGCCAAACUGGCCUCAACACCAGGCACAGAGGGCUCUCACAGCCUGCUCUACGGGGCUUGUGACUCGGAUAGCAGCUCAGGAAAGGCCCAGGUCUCAACCUCCAAACAGGCCUGGAGCCAGAAGACGUUAGUGGAGGCCGGGCUGGACAGGAGGAGGUGUGAUGAUUUAGACUGGGAGCAUCAGGGACAAUGUAGCACCUCCUUCUGUGAGCCUCCUCCCCCUGUCCACACCGCAGUCCCAGAGUUCACCAACCCUAUAGGAGGUUACGCUGAGAUCUGUGUCUCCUCCUGUAUGGUGAAGUCCUCGGGGUCAGGGGCCUAUCUCCAGACCCUGGACAGGAGCAGCAGAGCCUGGGUACUGUCCACAGGAAAGAGCCAGGCUGCCGACGAGUCCUACUCGCGUCUAGGCCUCCCCCCCAACUGCUUCGCUGAGCUGAGGCAACGCACAGAAGGGGACAACAACAUUUGGUACAACCCUAUUCCAGAGGAGGAGGACGUGUUGCGUGGCAUCGGAGGUUUAGGACGUUUAAGAGGUGGAGGAGAAGGAGGAGGAGGAGGAGGCGGAGUUAGGUUAGACAGUGAGAACCCCUGGAGGAGGAGGGAGACAGAGGGGCUGUCAGAGACGUCGAGGGAUCCCCAGAUGAGGAGCCAGCGACGGGCAGGGAUGGCGGUGAGCCCUGGCACCGGUAGAGGUGGAGGGGCCUCCCGUUUAGAGCGUCAUGCCACCCAGAACCAGUGCCCUUCAGGUGGCUCCAGCCCAGACAGCGCCCAUCAGACCAAAGCCAUCACAUUAGACAGCUCAGCCUGCAGUAGGAGAGACAGAGACGGAGACAGCCCAGAUGUAAUUCAACAGAUCCAGAGUGAGGAACUGCAGUCUUUCGGGGUUGCAGGUGGAGAAGUGGGUGUUUCCAGCUCCGGAGGAGGUGUGUCAGUCCCCUCAGACAGCCCCGGGGCCCAGAAGAAAGGGGGCGUGGCCAGCAGCAUGAUGGACAGGAUCAAAUCCCCAGGAAUGGUCCGGAAAUCCCUUUCCAUGAAGAUGAAGAAACUCCCCGAACUCCGCCGUAAACUCAGCCUGCGCUCCUCGCGCUCCCAUCGCCACGGGAAGGAGGGGACGGGCCGAGGAGGAGGGGACGGAGGUGGAGAGGGGACAUCACCCCCAGACGUCCGUAAGGAGCAGUCCAACGAGGUGAUCAGCAGGUACCACCUGGACACUUCGGCCCCGGCGAGACCACAACGACGCUCCUCCAGGGGACGUUCCUCUGCCGCCAGUAAGGGGGGCUACCUGAGCGACGGAGACUCACCUGAGCUGCUGCCCAAACAGGGUGGACCAGGGGGACCCUCCUCGGCCCACAACCCCCCUCUUCCACCACCCCGCUCCACCCACCACUCCAGCCAGGAGGGAGUGACCAUGACCUCUGACCUGAGCUCGUUCAGAGUCUACAACUUGUCGGACCAGCCACGGUGCGCCCAGCGCGUCUCCGGCCUGCUUACGGUGCAUCUCGUUGGUGUGGAGAAACUGCUGAGGGCCCCUAAACAGGACACCAGUAAGGAGGUGUUCUGUGCCAUCCAGGUGGAUGGUGUAACCAGGGCCCGUACCGGCCUGCUAACCUCCAGGGGGGGCUCUCUGCCCCUCAACCACACCUUUAACCUGGAGCUGGAGAGGGCCAGGCUGCUGAAACUGGUGGUGCUCACCCCUUACCCCGGGGCUGAGACUACCACCAUGAAGGGCAGCGACUCCACAGCAGCGACCAGGAACAGGGUCUGCUGUCUGGGGGCUGUGUCCAUACCCCCUCUGUUCAAAGCCUCUCGGUCUCAGCAGAUAUGCGUUAGAUUAGAGCCCAGGGGUCUACUGUACGUGAAGCUGACCCUGCUGGAGCAGUGGGAGCCCCCAGACCCCCGACCCUGCCACCUCAACCCCCCCAUGGUGUUUGGAGUGGAGCUGCGCCACCUGGUGGACAAGGAGAACACCGCUGCCCCCGUUCCUCUGCUCAUACAGAAGAGUGUGGCUGAGAUCCAGAAGAGAGGACUGAGGGUGGUGGGUCUGUACCGUCUGUGUGGUUCAGCUGCAGUGAAGAAGGAACUGAGAGACGCGUUUGAGAGGGACAGUGCUGCUGUCAGCCUGAAUGAAGAGGUUUAUCCUGACAUCAACGUCAUCACAGGCAUUCUGAAGGACUACCUACGUGAGCUGCCGUCCUCCCUUAUCACCAGGACCUUGUACGAGGUGGUUUUGGAGGCCAUGUCUCUGAGACCUCCUCCUUCUCGCUCUUCCCCUGGAACCUCCUCUCCUGGCAGGAGCGAGGGAGACGUACAGCGCUCUCAGAGCACCGUGGCCCUACUGCAAUGUCUGCCUGAACCAGAGAGGGCCACCCUCUCGCUGCUCCUGGACCAUCUGAGCCUUGUUGCCUCCUACAGUGACUGUAACCGAAUGAACUGUCAGAACCUGGCUGUGUGUUUCGGCCCGGUGCUCCUGACCCCCACCCAGGAGUCCUGGAGACCCACUGCACCAGGACAGGGCGGGCAGGGCGGGCGCGGGGGGAGCUGUGGAAGGGGCGGACGGAGUUUUGCCCACAGCGAGGAGAUCGCCAGUGCUGUGGACUUCAAGAGACACAUCGAGGCCUUGCAUUACCUGUUGCAGCUCUGGCCCAUUCCUACAGACAGAGUGACAGACAACCCAGACUCUCCCACCCUCCUCCAGCCCUCCUCCAGUUCAGACAUGCCUCCUUCCCCUCCCAGCCCCAUGCCCCAUAACCCCCUGCCUCGGCGCUGCCAGCGUGGCCUGUCACUGCCUCUACCGGGGGACGAAGUGGGCGUGGUGUCGCGACGUGGACGGGGCCGACUGGAGAGCCCGCCCUGUAACCGGUAUGCUGGCGACUGGAGCGUGUGUGGGCGGGACUUCCUGUCCGGAGGCGAUGCGGACUACGACGAGGUGGCAGGGAGCGACAGUGAGGAAGAGGAGGAAGAGAGGGAGGUGAAGAAGGUGGAGUGGACUCAGUACGUAGACGACUUAGUUCUGGACUUUGACGCCCCGUUUACCUGCAGACUGAGUCUCAAAGACUUUGAUACGCUGAUAUCAGACCUGGAGAGAGAGCUGUCCAAACAGAUAAACAUCUGUCUCUGAGAGGGAGAGGGAGGAGAGGAGGA